AUGCGUGCUUCUUCUUCCCUCAUUGCACUGUCUCUCGCACUCGCCACAGCGGCUCAUCCUCACCACGAGCUCUCAGCCCGCGAAGUUGCUGCUCGCUCUGCCAUUAACAAGCGAUGUGCUGCACAGGCGGGAGCGUUCAUGAUGGCGCGCAAGAAGCGUUCGCUCAGAAAGCGUUCUCUGGGUGCUAGCAUCAUCCCUCGCGACACCACCGUAAACAUUACGACCGAAUCGCCACACUACACCACCAUCCAGAAUGAUACCUGCCUACUCGUACCUGAAGUCACUGCUGGACCCUACGUGUGGCCACGUAGCGAGACCCUUAGGCAAAACAUGGCUGAAGAUCAGGCUGGUAUCCCUCUAUACUUGGAUAUUGGUGUUCUGGAUGUCAACACUUGCGAGCCAGCACCGAACGUCUUAAUCGACAUGUGGCACUGCAAUGCAACCGGCAGCUACUCCUCCUUUACUGGGCUUAGUCCCAACACGCCUUUCGAGGAGCUUCUCGAUCAGCUGAACGUCACCAUCGGCCAGGGCGAACUUGAUCUGCACACGGAUGCCACUACUUUCCUGCGUGGAAUGUGGCCUACCGACGACAACGGCAUGAUGGAGAUGCAGACCAUCUUCCCCGGCUUCUACGUCGAAAGGGCCAUCCAUAUUCACGUCCAGGCCCAUACUGAAUGGACUGUUCGCACCAAUGGAACGAUUGUCACGUCCAACACCAGGGCCACCGGACAGAUCGGUUUCUCUGAAGAGUUGAGCCAGAAGAUCAUGGCACUCGCUCCUUAUUCGCAGCACACAGAAAUCGAGAGGACAACGAAUGAUGAGGACAGCGUCUUUACGGAAACUGUCGGGUCAGGCUUCGAUUAUGAGAUUGCAGUUGAACCAUUGGAUGGUGUCGAUGAGGCAAAUGGUAUGGUGGGUUACAUUACCUUUGGUGUGAAUAUGACUGCAACGAGCGGUUCAGGUGGCGUCGAAGAAGACAACAGAGUGGUGCCCGUGAGAGGCCGUGGGCUGCCCUUAUGGAGGAGGGACUGGAUGUAUCGUAGCGCUUAG